GAGCACAACAGUGGUGGUCCGGAACCACUAGGGGCUCCCGAGAGUCGCGACCUUCUGGGCAGAGAUGUGGCCCAUUCUAGCCCCGCCCCUAUCUCUCCUUAGUCUCCGCCCAACGAAUCCCCGCCGCUCUCUGGCCGAUCGGCGGUCGAUUGCGGUGCCUGCGCUCUCCGUGUUCUUCUAGCACUGUCUUUUUGGUGCCCACGAGGGCUGGCGGGUGAUGGCGGCGCUGGUUGUGUCCGAGGCGGCUGAGCCCGGCAGCCGAAGUGGCCCUGGCAGAGGUCGAGCCCCUCGGGGCCGCUUAGCCAAUCAGAUCCCCGCUGAGAUCCUGAACAACACCCAGCUGCAGGCAGCCAUCCAGGUCCUGCCUUCCAACUACAACUUUGAAAUCCCCAAGACCAUCUGGAGGAUCCAACAGGCUCAGGCCAAGAAGGUGGCCUUGCAGAUGCCCGAAGGCCUCCUGCUCUUCUCCUGCACUAUCGUGGAUAUCUUAGAAAGGUUCACAGAGGCCGAAGUGAUGGUGAUGGGUGAUGUGACCUACGGGGCCUGCUGUGUGGAUGACUUUACUGCGCGGGCCCUGGGAGCAGACUUCCUGGUGCACUAUGGCCACAGCUGCCUGGUUCCCAUAGACACCUCAACCCAAGAACUGCGGGGGGUGCUGUACAUCUUUGUGGACAUCCGGAUAGAUACCACCCACCUGCUGGACUCUAUCCGCCUCACCUUUCCCCCAGCCAGUGCCCUUGCCCUUGUCAGCACCAUUCAGUUUGUGUCAACUUUGCAGGCAGCUGCGCAGGAGCUAAAAGCUGAGUACCGAGUGAGUGUCCCACAGUGCAAACCCCUGUCCCCUGGGGAAAUUCUGGGCUGCACGUCCCCCCGACUGCCUGAGGAGGUGAAGGCUGUUGUAUAUCUUGGAGAUGGCCGCUUCCAUCUGGAAUCCGUCAUGAUUGCCAACCCUACUGUUCCUGCUUACCGGUACGACCCAUACAGCAAAGUCCUGUCCAGAGAACACUACGACCAUGAGCUCAUGCAGGCUGCCCGCCAGGAAGCCAUCGCUGCUGCCCGCUCAGCUCAAUCCUGGGGCCUUAUCCUGGGCACCUUGGGCCGCCAGGGAAGCCUCAAGAUCCUGGAGCACCUGGAAUCUCGGCUCCGAACCUUGGGACUUCCCUUUGUGAGGCUGCUGCUCUCUGAGAUCUUCCCCAGCAAACUUAGUUUACUCCCUGAGGUGGAUGUGAGAGGGGGAGGCAUCCAUCUCGGGUCUGACCUGGCUUCCCUUCCCAGGUGGGUGCAGGUGGCAUGUCCACGCCUCUCCAUUGAUUGGGGCACAGCCUUCCCCAAGCCGCUGCUGACACCGUAUGAGGCGGCCGUGGCGCUGAGGGACAUUUCCUGGCAGCAGCCCUACCCCAUGGACUUCUACGCCGGCAGCUCCUUGGGGCCGUGGACCGUGAACCACGGGCGGGACGGCCCCGCGCGGAGGAAGGUGCAGGAGGGGGCCGCGCGCCCCUCUCCAGCCGCGGGCUGCGAGGGUUGCAGCUGCAGAGACGAGAAAGCGGCGCCACUUUCUCUUUGAGACGCUCCAAGACCCAGGGCCUUGCCCUCUGGAGGAGCAGCUUCGAGGCUGGUGGUUUUCAGAGCAGGAGGAGCCUGUUUUCUCUGCCCUGGAAGAGCCCACAGUGUGCAGAGGUCUGGAGGAAGCCCUGGGAUCCGUGGCACACGCACUGAACA